CCUACAACCCACCCAUCGUCAAUUCAUUUCCGCCUCACCACCAACACAGCCGCAGCCACAUGCGAAAGAGGUGGAAUCUCGAACUCGAACUCGAACUCGACCCGUCUCUACAAGCAAACCAAAAUUUUAAAAUUUCGGCUACCCUCUUAGAGUCCGGCUCUGACUCUCUGUGUGGAGUGGGUGUCGUGGGGAUGGAGGCGAUGGUGAAGAGGUACCAGCAGAGGUUCAGGAAGGUGAAGGAUGAGAUGGAUAGCUGGGCCCUGCUUCAGUCUCGCUUGAUUUCGCAGUUCAGGAACGCCUCCUCCAUCAUUGAGAGGUUGCAGGUGCUUCAAGAUUCCAAGAACUACGGCCGUUUGAAAGAUGUCGUUGGUAUCGAAGAGGCACUACUGGCAAAGCAGAUGGAAUCAUUGCAAAACAUCUUCCUUUCCAUGAAGAAAACCAUGGAAGAGUUUCAUGGUAUUGUACUGUCUCUUGGGAAGAUCCAUCGUGAUGGUAGGCAGAUGGUAAAAGGCGGUGCUUCUGGUCAGCUGAGUGUAAAACAACUGCAGCAACGAAUUGGCGUAAAGCCCAGUCUUGCGGAUUGCUUAGAUGGGCUUAUGCUUCUCCAGGACAUGCAUUGCUCUGAGUACCUUUUGAAGUCAUCAUUGGUUUCAGCACUGUCAGAACUGACCUUGAAACCCAGUGCCAGUGAUUUGGGAGCACUCCAGCAGCUCUUGGUUGAUCAGCCUAACAUCCCCAAGGAGGAAGUUCAAUUCAUCUUUGAUAUCAUAUUUGCAGAAGAAAUCUGUUGAUGUUCUCUGAAACAUUUCUGCCGGCUUUCCUGGAUCUGGAAGGAAGAAUUUGAUAGGAAUUUUUACCACCUGCAAAAGUAGGGAUAAAAACACUUAAAAAUACUUGCAAGAGUAUAAGGUUGUCGUAGUAUAGCAGCUCAAACAAAGUCGUUUUCCACAGAGAUUGAAUGAAUAAUUUGUGUUUAAAACCAACUCUUAAUUAAUUAUUGAAAACAAAAUUUGGAAAA